GUUAUCUGUCCUUAUCUUCCCACUUUUUCCUGCCCUUCCGUCUCUUUCCCACUCCCUUUCCGUCUCUCCUUCUCCUUCCGGGGCCUCUCUGUGCCGUGACGGGGCCGGUUGGCGGGAGUAGGGGGGCAGCGCUUCAGGAGGGCCGCGCUGCCCCGCCGGGAGCGGGGCCGGGUCAGCGGCGCAGCCCCGAGGCCGCUGCCUUGGUGUGGAGCGGGGGAAACACAAAUCGGAGGGAUCACAGAAACUACAGAAUGGCAGAAAUGACAGGGUUACUGAAAUCGCAGGAUCACGGAGUCGCAGAGCGGGUGAGGUUGGAAGGAAUCGAUCCGGUGCCACCUCCCUGCUCGGGCAGGGCCGUCCCCGAGCACACGGCGCAGGUUCUGGGUAUCUGCAGUGAGGGAGACCCCGCACCCGCUCUGGGCAGCCUGUUCCAGCGCUGUCACCCUCACAGUGGAGAAGUUCUUCUUUGCUGGGGUGGAACUUGCUGUGCAUCGGUCCCUGCCCGUGGCUCUGGUGCCGCUGCUGGUCCCCGGGGCAGAGCCUGGGCCUGCUCUGACCCCCCGGGACCCUGACACUCAGGGCCAGCCAGGGCUGAGGGCCCUCUCAGCUGGGGCUCCUCUCCAGGCUGAGCAGCCCAGCUCCCUCAGCCUUUCCUGAGCUGCUCCAGGCCCUUCAGCAUCUCUGCUGCCCUUCACUGGAUGCUCUCCAGAAGCUCCGUGUCUCUUGUCCCGAGGAGCCCGGAACGGGACACGCGCCUUUCCGGGAGGUUUCCCGUGGCCGUUCCCACUCUGGCUGGGGCUGGAGGAGGAGGAGCGGGAUCGAGCGGGGGCGUUCGGGGUUGAUGACAGGUCACGGCGGCCACCGACGCUGUGCUUCACUCCCCUCCCCACGGUCACACUCCUUCAGCAGGACCUGGAAGAGCUUGGAUGGAGUUUGGAAUCCUUCCUGCUUUCAUUUAUUUGCUAUGGAAAAGAUGGAACAGAGAACAUCCCCCCUUUUUUCCCCGGGAUUCCUUAGAAGGAGGAGACACCAACAAAUGGAACACAAAUUAACUUAAGCCUGCAGGAGGCUGGUGACGCCUGGAAGAGGGAAAAGUGGAGAAGCUGUGCUCUGUGCUUUUUAUCUGAUGUGUUGUGGUACAUUUUGGAGCAUGUUUGCUACUUAGCAGGGAGCUAAAAUUCAGGCACGAGAGGUUGUAAAUGAGAGAGUCAAUAUGGGGGAAAAGAAGGCAGAAACAUUGGAUUUUGUGAAGGAUUUUCAGGAAUAUCUGACCCAGCAGACUCAGCAUGUCAAUAUGAUUUCUGGAUCAGUUACUGGUGACAAGGAAGUAGAGACUCUCCAGGGAGCUGGGACAGAAGGUGAUCAGAAUGGUCUGGAUCAUCCUUCUGUUGAAGUUUCACUGGAUGAAAACUCAGGAAUGUUGGUGGAUGGCUUUGAAAGGACUUUUGAUGGGAAGUUAAAGUGUCGAUACUGUAACUAUGCCAGCAAAGGAACAGCACGGCUCAUCGAGCACAUCAGGAUUCACACAGGGGAGAAGCCACACAGGUGCCACCUGUGUCCCUUUGCCUCGGCCUACGAGCGUCACCUGGAGGCUCACAUGCGGUCCCACACCGGGGAGAAGCCCUACAAGUGCGAGCUGUGCUCCUUCCGCUGCAGCGACCGCAGCAACCUGUCCCACCACCGCCGGCGCAAGCACAAGAUGGUGCCCAUCAAGGGCACCAGGUCUUCCCUGAGCAGCAAGAAGAUGUGGGGGGUUCUGCAGAAGAAGACCAGCAAUUUGGGGUACAGCAGAAGAGCAUUAAUUAAUCUGAGUCCGCCUUCCAUGGUGGUGCAGAAACCAGACUACCUUAACGAUUUCACCCACGAAAUCCCCAAUAUCCAGACUGAGGCGUACGAGAGCAUGACAAAACCCACUCCAAGUGGUGGCUUGCCAAGAGAUCCACAAGACCUCAUGGUGGAUAAUCCUUUGAACCAGCUCUCCACCUUAGCAGGACAGUUGUCCAGUUUGCCACCUGAAAACCAAAAUCCAGGCUCUCCUGACGUCGUUUCCUGUCAAGACGAAAAGCCUUUCAUGAUACAGCAGCCUGCUGCACCUGCAGUAGUUUCAGCUGUGUCAGCAAAUAUUCCUCAGAAUUCCUCUCCAACCAGCCCUGAUUCCCGGCCCACACACAAUCAGAGGAACUAUAGUCCUGUGGCAGGGCCCAGCAGUGACCGCAGUGCCCACACCAGUACUCCCAGUAUCAGCAACAGCCAGCCGAGCACUCCAGCUCCAACCCUGCCCGUGCAGGACCCUCAGCUCCUGCACCACUGCCCACACUGUGACAUGUACUUUGCAGACAAUAUCCUUUACACCAUCCACAUGGGAUGCCAUGGAUUUGAAAAUCCUUUCCAGUGUAACAUUUGUGGGUGUAAGUGUAAAAACAAGUACGACUUCGCUUGCCACUUUGCAAGAGGCCAACAUAAUCAACAUUGACUGAGAACAUGCUUUUGUUUAGUUUUUUAACAUAUUACAGUCUAUUUUUCAUACUUGCUGAUGGAAAGCUUGCACAUUCCCAUAAGGAAUCUUCACAUUAAUCAAUUUGACGAAGGAGGCAAAUUGAUUUUCUUGUAAAACUUGCCAGGGAAAUUUUGUAUCAGGUUCAGUUGCUGUUUUAUAUGUAGCCUUUCAAAAAAAGCCAAGAGUGCUGUAAGGGUUGGAAUGCAUUUACAUGCUGUGGUUGUUAAGUUUAAGUUGCUUGCACUUAAUCCCAAUAAACAUUCUGCAAGUGGAGAAGCAGAGCUUUUGUCCUGAGCCAUAGGAUGUAAUUCCCAGAUUGUUUACUAGGCAAGACAAGACAUAUUAUCCAUACAGUACAAAAGGUCAAUGCAAUGACACAUCGUGUAGAGACAGGAGAAGGAGGAAUGGCUUCAUGGUGCCAGAGAGCAGGGUUGGAUGGGAUAUUGGGAAGGAGUUGUUCCCUGGGAGGGUGGGCAGGCCCUGGCACAGGAUACCCAGAGAAGCUGUGGCUGCCCCUGGGUCCCUGGCAGUGCCCAAGGCCAGGCUGGACAGGGCUUGGAGCAGCCUGGGACAGUGGAAGGUGUCUCUCCUUUAAGGUCCCUUCCAACCCCAACCAUUCUUUGGAGAAAUUCUUAAAAACCUGGCUACUCAAAAAAACCAGAAGCAGUUUUCAUGUACAAAUUCAAUUUGAUGUAAAAGUUGUUUUAAUCUGAUGAAGGUUAAUAAUAAGUUUUUGUUUAGUAUAGUCUAAACUCUUCAUGCUAGGACUUAAACACUAAUUUAACUACUAGCACAAAACUAGAAGAUAACAGGUUAUUGCGAAUAAAACUAUGGUAGGAAAAAGAAAGAGCUAAAAGCCUGUCAUUCAUGAGUUAUUGAAAACAAAAAAGUAAGAUACCUUAUUUUACCUACACUCUACAAAAUUUUACAUGUCAUUGUUUUUCAGAGGAGGCAAUUUUUAGAGACAUAAUGAAGAGCCUGUAGAACUAAUAUAUAUUCUGUGAGAUUUCUAACUGCCUUAAACUGAGUUGUACAGAUAUUUAAAAUUUGCACAAUUAGACUUCUGUCCUGCUGAUAGAAGUUCUGAAAGAAACAAACAAGAAGUUUACAAAUCAAACUCCUUUGUUCAGUUUUAUGUUGGGCCAGGCUACAACUGAGAGGUUGCCUGCAUUUCUGAGAGUCAUAUAAUCCAGUUUAUUGUAAAUUGCAGCUGACUUGGGGGCCUGGUUUGUCCCCUCUCCCAGGUUUGAUGUCCUUUGGGUGUGCUGGGAAUAAGGGGAAGGACCUCUGGCUUUUUCUGGCUCCAUGUAGGAUGCAAAGGAAAACUCACUGACUAUACUGAAGCUGUUUUUAGGAAUUGUGGAUGGCAAAUGAUAACUGAAGUUGUUUAUUUUAUUUCAUAGUGUACACUCAUCUUUAGAAGCCCUCAGGCUAAAGGACAGGCACUUUAACAUAAACCUGAGUAAAACAUCUAAUUAAAAUGAAUAAUAACUUUGUGCUAGAUAAGAAUUUGAGACAUUAAAAAUAAAGGAAGAGCUGUUACUUUUCCCAUAUUUAGACAUGCACUUUUACCUUGGUUUGUCCUACUUGAGACAAAUCAAAGCUUCCCUUAUAUAUUCCCCUUUUCCUAUCAGCAAACCAAGUUUUGUUAAAAGCAAGAAGAUUUUAUUAAUGUUCCCACAAGUCAGAGGUUGGAAUCUCAAUAGGAAAUGUUUGACUUAUUCAAAUUUAUAUUUUUAUGUUAAAACUUCCUGAAACCAAUGGCAAAACUUGCAGUGAUCAGGGUGAGAUCAAUGCAGGAAAACCACCAGUGUAAGAAUUUUAGCUGUGGAAGUGAUUUUGACUUUAAUUAAAUAGAAAUUUGGAU